AUGCAUCACCACCACUGCAUCAUCAUCACCACCUCUAAGGGCAUCAUCAUCAUCAUCAUCAUCAUCAUCAGCAGCAGCAGCAGCAGCAGCAGCAGCAACACUGUACUAUACUACACCACACUGCACCAUACCACAUCACACUGCACCACACCACAUUGCACCACACCACAACCCACCACACCACACCCCACUGCACCACACUGCACCACAACACACUGCACCCACCACAAACUGCACUACACCAUAUCACAUCAAACCACACCGCACAGCACUGCACCACACAACACCACACCACACUACACCACACAACACCACACCACACUGCACCACACCACACCACACUUACACCACACCCCACCACACUGCACCACACCACACACCACUACAUCACACCCCACUACACCACCCCAUACCCUACCGCACCACAACAAACUACACCACACCACACUGCACCACACCACACCACACUGCACCACACCCAUCCACACAAAAUCUUUCAAAAACGUUCAAGAUCUAACCCUCGUGACUUCUGGCAUCUAUUAA